AGAAGCUGAGGAGGCAGGCACUGAGGGAGGAUGAACUAGCGUGUAUGGAGCAGGCUAUUAUGGACUGUCUGAAAGAUGUCCACUUGCCCAACGGUUGCCCAGAGUGCUGGGGGAUGACUUGCACUCAUUAGUAUGCCUGGAUGGUUCAAAAAGGUGUGGUACGGGCUGGCAUCUCUACUCAGUUUCUCAUCCUUCCUUCUGAUCAUCGUCGCUUUGUCUCUGCCUCAUUGGCUGAGUGGGAAAAUCUUGUGUCAGACUGGAGUGGAUUUGGUCAAUGCCACAGACCCAGAACUGGUCAAAUUCAUCGGGGACAUUUACUACGGGCUCUUCCGAGGAUGCAAGGUGCGGCAAUGCGGACUUGGGGGACGCCAGUCCCAAUUUACAAUCUUCCCGCAUCUGGUGAAGGAGCUCAAUGCAGGCCUCCACGUCACAAUUCUCUUGCUCCUCUUCCUGGCGUUGGCCCUGGCUCUGGUCAGCAUGGGUUUUGCUAUUCUCAACAUCAUUCAGGUCCCCUACAGAGCAGUCAAUGGCCCUGGUGGCAUCUGCCUUUGGAAUGUCCUCGCAGGUGGAGUCGUGGCACUAGCCAUCGGCAGCUUCAUGGCUGCGGUGAAAUUUCACGACCUGACAGAAAGGAUCGCCAACUUCCAGGAGAGGCUCUUUCAGUUUGUAGUGGUGGAAGAACAGUAUGAAGAAUCAUUUUGGAUAUGCGUGGCGAGCGCCUCAGCCCACGCAGCAAACUUGGUUGUGGUGGCAAUCAGUCAAAUUCCCCUUCCAGAAAUCAAGACUAAAAUGGAAGAGGCCACAGUUACCCCGGAGGACAUUUUAUACUGAUAACUGACUCCUGCGUACACCUUGUGACGUCAAUGGGAAACAGGUUUGCAUUUUCCAGCUUUCUCGUUCCACAGUGUCCCCAUUCUUGGUAGUGGACUAAAGGGGUGGUUGGGCCAGAAAGGAAAAAAACUCUCCUGAUGACCAGGGUUCUUGUGCUUCCUUUUGAUGCCCUUGGAGAUGAACUGGAGACUCCUGAACUUGUCAGCUGUGUCUGACACUGGACAACUCACUCACUAAUUCUCGGUUCCCUCGUCUGUCAAAAGUGGGGGUAGUAACAACGUUGCAUGCUCUGUUGUUCCAGCGGUGCUGCAGGCGGUGCCGCAAGCAUGGCUCUCUGCAAAUAAGUUAUAUAUACUCCAUUAAGAUUCAGUAGAACCUUGCUCUGUUCUCUAUAGUAUUGGAGGUGUGCAAAGAAAACCGUGAUGAUCGUGUCUCUGCCCUUGAAAAGUAAUAAUGUAUUCACAUGACACAGAAAUCAAGCAUCAAAGAACAGAAUAAGUGUGAGUUUCUAUGCGGCC